AUGGCAACCAGAUACGCCCGCCGCUACACUGUCUCGCCAAUAUCCACGAUGUGCAUUGCUCGGAUAAUCGAGCGGGCGGCGGCACUUUUGCGACCGGAAGUGGCUGUGGAGGUGUUUCAAGAUGUUCUCGCAGCAGCACCCAACUCAAGCAUGCGUCUGGAACAAUGUAUGAGAGGGAUGCAGCUGCCGGAGGUGCUUGCGUCCCAGGUGAGGCGGUGCAACUGGAGGCGUGUUGGAUUUGAUGUUCUGCAAGACAAGGUCCCAGCUUGGGCAUGGCGCACGCGUCCAACGGUGAUACUUCUUUGGGUUAGGGCAAAGGGACUGCUUCGUGCUGCGGAAGCUGGUGUGAGGCUUUCCGUGCAUCCGCCUGUCUGGCACCAGUGCAGGCAGCCGUCUCAGCUGGACUUUGUUCAAGAUGGCGUCUGGGGCCCUUUGAAAUGGGCGAUGACAGCACCGCCGGACGAGGUUCAGAUCCUGGAUGGCUUGGACGUGCAACUGCAAGCUUCUGUUGUCCGCGUACGCUUUUUCUUGGAGGAUGCGGAGCUCAAGUUUGGAUUGGGAGGUUGCGCCUUCCUUUUGAGCGUCGUGGACAACGUGAUCAUCAGCGGACCUCAUGCGCAGGAGCAUCUUCAAACUGAAGAUCCAGCGAGCGAGCGAUGCGAUAAAGAGGGAACCUGGGUGGAUGGAAGUCCUCCUUCAUCGAGUGGACCUCCUGCAGUGUGGGGCCGGCAACUCAGUGUGGGCCGAGUCUCGUGCAACCGUAGCCAGAGCUAUCAUGGAGCAUCUCCAGAGGAGGCGAUGGGCGGCGAUGGGCAUGUGCAAGUCAGUUGCAACUGCAUGGCAUUCUGCCAGGCUUUGCAACCCGGAACUCUGGAUGUGCUGCCGGUCGGCAAGAAGAAGCAACAAAAAGUUGCUGUUGGCGACGACACUGGAGUGCUGCAGGUCUUCUACAUCAAGAAGGGAGAGGUGCAGUAUGAAUGGAAGUCAGCUCCACUCGGACGCGAAAUCAGCUCCGUGGUCAUACAGCUUGCCAAGGACAAGAUAUUUGUCGGAUGUGGACAAUCAAUACACGGCUUCACUCGAAAAGGAAAGGAGUUCGUCAAAAUCAAGACGAACCUUACCGAGACGAUAAAUCAUCUUUUUGUGGAGGAGAACAUGAUUUGGACAGGCGGUGAGUACAUCAUGAAUAUUUACGACAGCUGUAAGGACUAUGGUUUCGUAAUGACCAAGGAUCGCAUCAACGACUUGACCUGCGCGCCGGUGCAUAACGGAGAGAUCCUGAGCACCAUCGUUGCGUGCCAGGACAAGUGCUUGCGUGUCUACCAGGGAGAGAAGCUUUCGCAUGAAUUUGCUGUCGAGGGCUCGGCGACAGCUCUGGGCUUUCAAGGGGUCAAUCCAGUAGACAAUCCCUCGCAUCACGUAGGCGACCCUGUCCAGAUGAUCUAUGGAACGGAACAAGGUGUUGUUGGCCUCUGUUCUUUGGAUGCAAAGUCCAUGCGACGGACCGGUGGUGUAUCUGAUCGGCAGUCCAGGCCCGGUGUUGCGGCCCCAGGUGCUGGAACCAGACGCGCACGUGUUUGCAGCCUGCAUACUGCAGAUAUUGUCAAGAGCGGUGCCCUGGACCUUGUCGUUGGUCGUGAUGAUGGAAAUGUGGAACUUUGGGGCCUUGGUGAUGCUGCAUUUGCCUCGCAACGCUUAGAGCAGGCCCCGACGCCUUUGUGGGAAACGUGCUUGCAAGAAAGCAUUCAAUCCUUGAGCUCGGGCCACAUAACUGGUGGCGACUAUGUCGAAGUAGUCCUUGCUACCUAUGGUGGCAAAGUCUUAGCCUUCACACCAAGUGGCGCAGCUCGGGAUCCAACAGGCACGCAGAUGGCGCAGCAAGAGGAGAAGGAGGAAGCCGGAGCAUCCUUGGUUUCAAGGAUGGCUGGGGACUUGAGCAGCAUCAUGAAGUUCGCUUUUGCGAAUCCUCCCGCGGACACCUGCGAUGCACAGGACGUGGAACAGGCCGAAGUGCGCCAUGAAAGGUCUCGCCGCUUUCAAGUGGCCUGGAUAAGGAAUGCCAACAUGGAGAAACGGCCCAGUGAUGCUCCAGAAUACCCCGCAUUUUCAGCAAAUCCAGUUUCUGGUUAUCAGCAGCCCUCCUUUCACUUUAAGAUGAGCUACCGUCACUUGCAGACUGUGGAGUCACAGGCUGCAAUUGAGCUCAUCUCCCUUCGAGCUGAUGUGGAAGUGGACUUGCUGGACCACUCGGGUACAGGUGCGAUCCUUUCACGAUCCAAGGGUGAUCCUCAGAAUCCCUUGCUGGCGACAUAUCGGAUGCAAGAAGAAGGCACACGGUUCCAGAUCCGCUUGCGGACCAUCGAAGGGCUGAGUGGAACGCUUUCGGCCUUCGUUGUGCCUGCCACACAGCCCAAAACGGCGCACCUCAUCAGCGUGUCCAUUAAGCCCUUGGCUCUGCAUGAGAAGAUUGCCGAACCCUCUGGCGAAAUUCCCAUGAAUGAGUUCCGGCUGAACGGGCCCUUUUCCGUGACAGACAUGCACUCAUGGCUCGCUCUGUGUGUUAACGAACUUCCGUCCAGACCCACAGAUGAUGAAAUGGUGAUUAGCUACCGGAGUACCUUUGUUGGCACCCAGCUGUACGGGAGGUAUUCCAAGGGUACUGCGAUCUUCAGAUCGGAUUCCAUCACGACCAUCAGCGUCCUGAAGGAUAUCAUCACCAAGGAGGCGACAGCGAAAAAGAUCCAGGUCUCCAUGAACGUCGACGUAAAAGAAGAAACGUUCGGCCGAUUUCUUGAGCUGCCCAAGCCCCAGUUGCUCCAUUCAAUGCAAUGGUCAGCGUUCGCCUCAACUGGACAACCUGAAGAGUCCUGA